AUGAUUGUUCAAGUUGAUAAUUAUACAACUGAAAAUGACAGCAAGAAUGAGAAGCAAUACAUAGCUGCGAAUAAAUAUUUAGUUUUAGCAGCAAUUUUGAUGAUUAUUAACAGCGUUUUGGGGUCUUUUUUUGCUUUAAAAGAUGGUAUUUAUUAUAUGAAAUAUCAAUUAACAAGUACAAACAAUUAUUCGGACAUGGCAUAUGGUAUUGCUUUUAUUUGCUUUGGUAUUUUUUGCCUAUUUAUCCUGUUCAUAACAUUAUAUGUGGUCAUUCGUUGCACAUAUAAUUAUACUGUUUAUAAACCAUUUAAAGAGAACAAGACACAGGACAAUGAUGAACAGCAUAGAUGUCAUUCGUUAUUCAACUGGGGUGUUAAAUUAAUUCAUAUAUAUAAACGUGUGCUGUCCUUCUUACAUCAUCGUUAUCAAUAUGAACAAAGUGAUGAUGAACUUUCAUUAUAUCGUCGAGAGUCACCUGAUCAUUUAUCAUUUAUAUUUCGACAUAAUAUUAUCUAUUAUAUUGUAGAUGACAGUGGACGUUGGACACUUCAAGUUCAAGUACCAGAUCCAUUUUCAUCACUUUUCGUUGUUAUGGAUUACAGUUGUUAUUUUAAUACAUACGGAACGGAAUAUCGAUAG